AUGAUCACGAGCAAAUCAUCUCAUCUAUUAGCAGUGCCGAAUAAAUUACCAUUUGCGCCAUUAAAAACACGUGAUGAUCAUGAUAAAAUACCACUUCCCAUUAUAUAUCGACUACCUUCUUCAAUUCUCAUUACUACUUCUCAACCAGAUGCGAUCGUUUCUAAUUGCCAUGAUGUGCACAGUUGGAAAAAAUUUCGAAAAAACUCUUGGCAACUCAUGGUACCGCGUCUAUGGUCACACGUAGGCUUAUUCAUUAUAGUACUGGCUUAUAUUGUAUUUGGGGGUUUAGUUUUCUAUUUUAUUGAGUCGAACUAUGAAUCAACUAUAGUUGAACAAAUAAAAAUAAAACAUUUGCAAGGCAUUCACAAUAUUCGUCAAAUAGCUAACGAUGAAUUCAACUGGGUGUUAAAUGGUUCGUUUGAAUUACGAUACACAUUAUGGCGAGGCAUGCUAUCACGUCUCGAUGGUUAUGAUAAUGUUGGUUGGCGUGUACAAGUUCAUAUUGAAAAAUUUGAUCGGCUGAUUGAAAAUGAACUUGCACGAAUGCAAGCUGAACAAGAAAAUUUGUUGGAUAAACGUGAUUCUGGAACAGAUGCAGCCUUUAAUCAAAAGUGGGCAUUUUCAACAGCUAUGCUCUAUUCAGCUACAGUUAUUAGUACAGUUGGAUAUGGAAAUAUUACACCGAAGUCGAUACUAGGCAAAUUAACAACAUCUGAACAAGAAAAUUUGUUGGAUAAACGUGAUUCUGGAACAGAUGCAGCCUUUAAUCAAAAGUGGGCAUUUUCAACAGCUAUGCUCUAUUCAGCUACAGUUAUUAGUACAGUUGGAUAUGGAAAUAUUACACCGAAGUCGAUACUAGGCAAAUUAACAACAUGUUUUUAUGCUGCCAUUGGAAUUCCACUGAUGAUUAUGUAUUUUUUUAUAAGACAUCAAAUUGUACAAUGUCAAGUACCUAUCAAAGCUAUACUGAGUGUUCUCAUUUUAUAUAUUGUAGUUGGUGCUGCUCUGUUCUCUAAUUGGGAAGGAUGGUCGUAUUACGAUGCUGCUUAUUUUUCAUUCAUUACAUUUAGUACUGUAGGUCUAGGAGAUUUAGUACCUGGCAAAGGAACAUUAACAGAAAACAAAAAUGGUAAAUCAAUUCUAUGUGCUCUCUAUCUUCUGUAUGGUCUUGUUAUAAUGACGAUGUGUUUUAAAUUAUUACAAGAUGAUCUAUUUGCCAUUAAACGACGAAUUUUGACACGUCUUGGCUUUGAUACGUAUCAUCAUUUUCAUCAUUGUCGUCAAUCCUUUGACGAUCGUCGAUACGUAAUACCUAUUUGUGAAACUAAUAUUUAA